CUUCUGCCACACGUAGUCGAAAUGUCAGGUAAAUUGCUCAGUCGACUCCCCGCAUACACGCCUGCACGGAACCGUGUUGCUCAUUACUCUCACGUAGCCGCCUACCUCGCCAAGGAAAGAGCCGUCGCCAUCGAGGCCGUCGAGCGCGCAUCCCUCGUGUGUCAGGCCGUGUUCAAGCACCUGGUCACUGGCGAAACACUAGUCAAGAAGGACAAGUCUCCUGUGACUGUUGCCGAUUUCAGCGCCCAGGCUGUGGUCAACUCAAUCCUAGAGCGGCACUUCCCUGCCGACCCGAUCGUGGGUGAAGAGGAUUCAAAGGACCUGCAGGGUGACGCUGGCCGCGUACUGCGCGAAAAGGUCGUCGAGCUGACUAACACCGCCACAGAAGCACCCAUGACAACCGCUGAGAUCCUGCGCGCAAUCGACCGUGGCCAAUACGCCGGUGGCUCGUCUGGCCGCCAUUGGACGCUAGACCCGAUUGACGGAACUAAGGGAUUCUUGCGUGGUGAGCAGUUCGCUGUGUGCCUGGCGCUGAUCAUCGACGGCCAGGUGCGUCUGGGUGUUGUCGGGUGUCCGAACCUGCCCUACGAUAUGAGCAAGCCAGACGGCGAGCGCGGAGUGCUGAUGGUGGCCGUCGAGGGCCAGGGUGCGUUCCAGCGGAGGCUCAAUUCUGGCUCAGAUGAUGUCGAGACGCCUAUUCACGUGUCUAAUGUCCCUGAUACUAAGGAUGCCAGCUUCUGCGAGUCUGUCGAGUCAGGACAUUCGAACCAUGGCGACAAUGCCAACAUUGCCAAGCUACUCGGAAUCACCAAGCCCUCGGUGCGCAUGGACAGCCAGUGCAAGUACGCGGCUAAGAUCUGGGACCAUGGUGCUGGCAACGUGAUCAUACGUGAGGCUGGCGGCCGAGUGUCCGACAUCCACGGCAAGCCGCUGGACUUCUCCCUUGGCCGCACGCUCAGCGCCAACAAGGGUGUUGUCGCUGCCAGUGCGAGCAUUUUUGAUGACGUUAUCAAGGCUGUGCAGGAGACACUUGCAGGCAAGCUUUAAUGACCUCCUGUUGUUUUAUACAAAGAUAUGCGACUCGUACAUCUCU